AUGGGGCAGGGCGAGGAGGGCAGCGGCGCCAACCCCGCCUGGCUGCUGCCCCUGAGCCCCACCACAACCAUCCACGCGACGGGCCCAAUCUACCUGGUCGAUGCCAGCAGCCUGGGCGGCCCGCUGGCGCAGCAGCUCUUUGCGCGGCAGCGGCGCGGCGGCGGCGCCUUCAGGCCCGGCCGCCGCCUAGCCCUGCAGGGCCUGCUGCUGGCCGCGCUGCUCACCGUGGCGCUGCUGAGCUUCUUCGAGCCGCACCUGCGCGACGGCCUGGCGCAGGCGCUGCUGCGGGCUGGCGCAGGCCGCGGGCCGCCACCUGCCCGCGACCUAGACUUCCCCGUGCAGAGCUGCUGCAUCGGCCAGCAGUGCGUGCGCAACAGCAAGGGGCGCCACGCCGUAGUCACACACGUGCACAGCCAGCGGGAGGUCACCCAGCUGCUGCAACUGGAGGCUUCCAUGCGGCGCUCCAACCCGAGCGUGGACCUGGCGGUGAUGCUGGUGCGGGGCCAGCUGGGGGCCGCCGCCACCCAGCGCAUCCUGGACCUGGGGCUCACCAUGUUUUAUGUGGAGCCGCUGGCGAGGCAGUACGGCUCCCAGGCCCGCUCCGCUUCGCACAGCUGGCUCAAGCUGCGUGCGUUUGGGCUGACGCAGUACGAUGCGGUACUGCUGGUGGACAGCAACGCGUACAUCACGGGCGACAUCGCCCCGCUCUUCAGCCUGCCCACCGACUUUGCGGCGGGGUGGGACCAGGCCCGGUGGCUGGGCGGCAACGACACCGCGGUGCACGCCGUCAGCGGCGGCGCGCUGUUCUUGCGCCCCUGCGCCGCGACAGAGGCACACAUGCUGGACAUACUGGCGAGGCCCAAAGGCGGCGCGGCGGCCGCGGCGCUGCCGCGCCGAGCAGCGCUGCCGGGACAGGCGGUGCAGGGUGCGGCGGGCGUGGAGCAGGAGCAGGACUUCUUGGCCUGGUAUUUCCAGUACACGGGCGCCACCCUGCCCUUUGACGUGUACGUCAUCAACAUGGACGGCGCCGCCGCGCGCCUCGCCUCCUUCCAGCGCACCUUCCAGGCCUCUGACCUCAAGGCCAAGAACUUUGUGCGCUUUCCCGCGGUCAACGGCUCCGCCCUGGACGCCUCGCGCCUCGUGUCGGCCAAGGCGCUGGCCGAAAUCGAGGCCGCCGAGGCCGCCGGCUACCGCACCAAGCACUACCAGCUGACGCGCGGGUCGGUGGGCUGCUACAUGAGCCACCUGCAGCUGUACCAGCACAUCCUGCGCGAGACCGACGCCCAGUUUGCCUUUGUGUUUGAGGACGACGCCGUGAUCGAGCAGCCGGGCCUGCUGGCGGCGCUGGUGGAGGCCAAGCCCUUCCCAGAGGACUGGGACAUUGUGAUGCUGGGCCACUACUGCCACAGCUGCCCCGCGGUGGCGGGGGCGCCGCGGUACCGCGCCGCACACUCCUUCUUCGGCACGCACUCGUACGUGGUGCACCGCCGCGGCCUGCAGAAGAUCUUUGCCUUCCCGCGGCUGAUGCCCAUUGAGAAGCAGAUCGAUGCAGUGCUGGGCGACAUGUGCCAGCAGGGCCUGCUCAACGUGUAUGCGCUGGCGCAGCCGCUGGUGGAGCAGAACAGCAAGGAGUUCCGGUCAACCAUACAGCUCCCCGUGAAGCGCCGGCUCGGGGUGAACCCAUAUGCACGAGAGUGA